AUGGAAUCCCCUUCAUUAUACGUACAAGUUAGUGGCCAAGCUCAGAUUUCUCCAAUUCCCCUGUAAAGGCCUGAGAAGCUUGUCCGUCGUUUGAGCUGGCUUCAUGAGACUGCCCAUGGCUUUUGCCGUGAUCAGGGGAAUUGUCUGAGGAAGGAGCCCAGAAACCCUAAGAUUACCAUCUUUGCUACAGACACCGGGAAGAAGGACAAAUUCCUGGAGGACCCAUGCCCACCUGUGUCUUCUUCUCUGAUGGAUAGGUGUAUAUAGAGGAGGGAGGGAGGGAAGAAAAGAGAGAGAGAGAGAGAGAGAGAGAGAGAGAGAGUUUUGGCCGAAGAAGGCUAUUCAGGGAUGAGAAGCCAGGGAAGCUCGAGAGAUGGGAACAGGAGCCCACAAGUGAGCAGGACGAUGCUCAAAGAAGAGCCUCGUCUCUCCGGCGCUUUCAUCCGAAGCCUGGUGAAGCGGCUCUGCGCCUCCAGGCAGAGAGAACCCACGCUCUCUCUCUAUGGAGUUGGGUCGUCCUCGAGCCAUGGGAGAAUUGGAGAAGAAGCUUAUGGUCACGGCGGCCCGCCGCCGGGAGCCCCUCCCCGUCCCAGGAAGCAAGUCAGGAGAAGACUCCACACCGCGAGGCCGUUCCAGCAGAGGCUUCUCGACAUGGCGGAGGCCAGGAGGGAGAUUGUGGCUGCCCUAAAGCUCCACCGCGCGGCCAUGAAGCGAACCGGCGAUGUGCAGCAGCAGCAUGGACUCCCACAGCUGCCGUCCUCUCCGCCACCCUUUGCAGUUUCACCCAAAGGGUUAUUUACCGCUACACCAUCUGCCCCAUCUCCAUCUUCAUCUCCGUCGGCGCCCGUCUCCGAGAGUGUCGACAUCCACCUCCAAGACCCCAUCAGCCCUGCGAUCCACGCCACACUCUGUGCUCCCGCUCCCCCUCCGAGCAAUCCGAGGUCUCCCCUAAAGGCUGCGGCGGCGCCGCCGCCGCCGCCCGCGGCCGUGCUGCACCCCGCGAUGAGCGAGGAGGAGAUGGCCGAAAUUCGGUCUAUCGCGGAGCAGCACGACGUGGAGUGGAGCGACCGGCUGAGCAUGACGGAGUCGGCGUGGUGGUCCAGUUUCCUCGAGGAGACGACGGGGAGCGGAGAGGGAGUGUGCCCUCCGCCAUUGGAGGACCUUCUGGAGAUCCAUGAAUGGGGGAGCAACCGGCCAUGCCUGGUCAACUACGGGCUGCCCUGGUGAGAAUGAGAGCAGUCUCUUCGAGGGUUCCGGGAGGGACAGGAGGUGUCCUGUUGCUUCCUUGUUCCGUCUAAUUCAUCAAACUACCUCUGUUUUGGAAUCCUUUUCCUUCUUCUGCCCCUCUGCAUGGUUUGACCGGGUGAAAAGGUGGGGGUUUUCACGACGCAGGUAUGCUAAGAGCGUUGAGGUGACUCAGAACGGUUGACCCCCUCGAGUCAGCCUCACCUGUCCCGUUCGCGCGGGUCCACAGUGGAACCCGGUCUUCCUCCUCAGACCCGAUAAACCCGCCUGGUUCAAGUCUGCGGAAGAGACACCCACCACCGACUGGACCACCUACGUAUGCAACCCUAAAGCUUCUCUCCCGACCAGGCGUUCACUCUGAGCAUGGUUGACCGCGACCGGUCGCAGAGUUGA